UCGGAUCGGACCACGAGGCACCUGAAUGAUUUCAGACGGCCCGUGGCGGCGGACCCACCCUGUGCGGACGGCGUGUCCGGCCCGAACGACAUUCCUUCGCUCUCACCACCCCCCCCCCACCAACGACGCGAACGACCCUCGCACCGUACAAGCGAUCCAACAGGUUUGACCAUCAUGCCUCCGCCGCGCAUUCCUCCCCGCCGAUCAAUCGCCCUCGACGAAAACCGAAUCGUGUCGUCGACGCCGCAGACGAUCGUUUAACCUUCAACUACGCAUUGGUCCGAGUGCCGUUGAAAGAUUUUCGCCCGUCGAACACGGAUCGGCUACUGCACUGGAAAGUGGUCCUGAACGAUCAUUAAUAUUCAGUAUUGACAUCUCAAAUAUUUUUGCAGAACAAUUGACACUUCAAAAUGGAAUACUACAAACACUUAGGAGGAAAUGAUUAUUCCACGAUUGAGAUAGACAAUAUAUACUGUAGCAAUGGCGAUUUAGAACUCACAGACAGAGAAGAGAAUAUAAGUAGGGGUAUAGAUAUGUUGGCUGCAUAUCUUAUGGAAAAAGCUUGUCGGGAAAAAAGCAAAUGUGAACGCCAAAAAUUUUUUAAUGAUAUUACAUAUCUGUAUUUGAACACGGAUAAAAUUGUUAUGAAUCACAUGAAUCAUUUAAUAGGCAGGGCCUUUGUCUGCUUAUUAGAUAAUGAAACGAUAGAAGAAGCUGAUUUAAAAUUAUCUGAAAUAAUAUUGAAUUGUUUAGAUUAUGUACCAUUUACAUUCGGAAAAUCGAUCGAUGAAAUUGAUGUAAGUGGAUGUAAACGAAAUCUUAUCAAACAAUGGAAGUUAUUACGUCAAAAAAAAAAAAAAAACCUGAAUAUAUUCGAACGGAUAUGUCGUUCAGUUUAUUGAAAUUAGGAGAGAUUGAAAAAGCAAGAUUGGGAUUUGAAUUAGCUUUAAAGUUAAACUCAAAUUGUGUGCUUGCAUUAGUAGGUCUUUCGAUCACACUGUUAAUUAAAUCCAGCAAAUCCCCGCAUACUAUUAAUCUUAGUGUACAAUUUUCAAAUCAACUGACCGUUAAAACCAUGAAAAUAGAAAAUAUAUUCAAAAUAGCCAGUGAUUAUUCAACCGACGAGAAUUUCGAUAAAGCCAUACAAUAUUCCAAUAUCAUAUUGCAUAGAUCAAGGAAUUUACACCAAAUAACUGAAUGUUUUAAUUUAUUGGGUAAAAUUUAUGAAUUAAAGCGUGACUAUAAUCGGUCAUUCGUAUAUUAUUGUCAAGCAGUUCAUAUGAAUCCUAUUGAAAUUGGAUAUUCACAUUACGGUCUUGCGAAAAUGUAUGUCCUGAAUUGCUCCUUUGAUAAGGCUGAAAAGUGCUUGGAAAUGUAUUCACGUGUGAACCCAGAAUGCAAUAAAUCUAAAGUAAAGCUUGGUUUAUUGUAUGUGCGUUCAGAAUUUAAAGAUAAAACGUACAAAGCUCAAACUUAUCUGGAAGAAGUAGUAAAUGAAGUUCCAAACUGUCUGGAAGCCUGGGUUGGCUUAGGUUUGUUAGCCAUAAACAAUAACAAAGAUUUAAAAAAUAUUUAUCGUAAAAUUAUGGUUUUGUCACAUAAUUUAGAAUUAACAGGCUUCUCAAUUGACUUGAUAAUUGAUAUCGCUUUUAUAUAUUACCAGUAUGAAAAAUAUAAGCACUGUCGCUCAUUACUUGAAAUAGCCAUGAACUUCUUAAAAGAAUUAUCUGAAACCUCUCCAUGUUUAUAUUUUGAAUAUCUGACUCAAAUAGUUGACGUUCGUUUAGUCGAAGUUUAUUUAAAACUUCAAAAAUUUCAAAAGGCAGAAAAAGUAUUGAAAGAAACUAUCCAGAGACAUCCAAAAGAUAUUGAAUCAAUCAUAAAAAUGGCACAUUUGUUUCAAGACCGUCAUCAGGAUAAUGAGGCUCGCGAAUAUGCUAAAGAAGCAUUGCAACUUAAUCCAAGAAAUCCUGAGGCCCUGAAAAUACUUAGAGAAUUGAAUUUAGAAGAUGAAAUGGACUUAUCUGAGUUUAAUGAAUCAUCGCUUAAAAAUCUAGUAAAUAUAUUUAAUAAUUUGAAAGACAUUGCAGUUCAAACUGUGAACAAAGAUACAGAAUUUGAUAAUUUGACUUUAGAAUUUUUUGGAAAAUUAUUGAAUUCUGAUCCAGAAUACAUCUGGGGCCCUGGUAGAUUGGGCCAACAUCUAGCAAAUAGUGAAAUUUUAAGCAAAUUGAAAAAUGUAUUUUCUACAGCCGAAAAAUCUAAUAUAUUAUGCAGGACAUGGAUAUAUUAUGCAGAUUUUUGCAUAAAAAAUGGAUACUACGAUCAGAGUAUUGAAAUAAUGGAAGUAUGUUUGAAAUUAUUUUUUUUACAUGAUACUUUUGAAGUUCACACAUUGAUUGGAUUUCAAUAUUCCUUAGCAGAUAAUUAUCAAUAUAGUAAAAAAAUGUUUUUAAAAGCUUUUAUGGCUUCUCCUGGUGAUAUCUAUAUCAUAAACAAUUUUGCUUUUCAAAUACAACAAAUAGGGAACCUAAUUCUAGAAAACAAAAAAUGCACUAUAAAUGAUGUCCAUAAAGCCAUGGAAAAUAUUAAAUUAGCAGAGAAAUAUUAUGCUUUUCUCUUAAGACAAAAUGAUGUUGUGGUUCAUGGUGCAGCCAACGAAGGACUAGUACUUUGUCAAUUAAAGAUUCGUUCAUUACCGACUUAUAUACGCCAAGUACGUCUAAUGGAAAUUAAAUAGAUGACAUCUAAAUCUUAAAGACAAUUGAGGAACAAUCAAAUUUAAGUUAAAUGUUAAGAUAAAAUACUGGAGCCAUAUGAAGACUACACAUAACGCUUUUUGUCAAGACACUGAAAUGAA